AUGGCCAGCAAGACGCGACAGACGACGUAUGAGGGAUGGGUGGAGAAGAAGCCAGCGACCAAGCGCGGACGGUGGAAGAAGCGGUACCUGACGGUGGACGGAAGCCUUCUGUCCAUCUUUGCCUCGCAGGAGGAGGCCGACAAGACGGGCGGCGUGGCGCGGACGGUUCUCCCUCUUGCACACCUCGUCAUUGAUCCGCAUGCACAUUCUCGCUUUCCGAAAAAAAUCGAAGCCAAAGAUGCUGCUCGUACCUUUGCUCUCCUUCCUACGGGCGAGAGCUCAGAGUCGCCUCGUCUCUUUCGCGCUGCAAACGCUGCGGAUGCUCAGAAGUGGGCCGAAGCGCUCGGCUUUGCUUGGCCUUCGGACGAGCUUGGUCUUGGCCUCGCGCAGGACGAUGUCUAUGGCUUGAGGCUCACUCUUGCUGCGUACGGCUUGCCCAAGAUGGAUUCGGGCUUUCGCGCAAAGUCGGAUCCGUACAUCGAGAUCAUGCCCGGGGCGAGGGCCCAGACUGGCAUCCCUGCCUCCCCGGCGGAGCUGGUGGCACGGACCGAGGUCCAUCUGCAGACGCUCUCGUGCCAAUUUGCCCCGCUCGAGCUGGCCAAAGCUGCCAUCGGCUCGUCGGGCAUGGUCACGCUCGCCGUCUUUGACUGGGACGACGAGCCGCCGAUGGACUUUAUCGGCCAGGCUGUUGUCGAGCUCGACUCGCUCGCCCGCGUUGGCGCCCACUUUGCUCUUUCCCGCGACGGCGUCCUCCUUCCCAAGGCCUCGCUCAAGGUGGUUGCCGCCGAGCUCAUUUCUUCGCCGCUUCCGCCCCCGCUCUCGCAGCCUCCAGUUGCGCUUGUUCUUGACCUCACCGGCGAGAAGCUCGCCAAUCGCGAUGGCAUCGGGGCAAGUCGGACCCUCAUCUUUACCUCGGAAGUUGUGCCCAACUCAUCGAGUCCGCACUUUGCGCCCGCUAUUUGGACCGAUCGUAAGGUUGUGGUCAGCGUCUACGACGCCGACGACGAUGGCUCUGUUGAUCUCAUUGGCUCGACCACCACCAGCCUCGGCCAGCUUGCCUUUCCGACCCGCCUCAGCCUCCGGCUGAAUCCACGGAGCAAGCCGGACGGUUUCCUUGUGGUCCGUGGCGCACAGCGGGUCAGUGACCUUGGUCAGCUGCCGUCGCCUCCACCGAUUGCCGCGCAGUGGGCGCUCGGCAUGGGCGCGCCGCCGGCGGCUGUCUCGUUUGGCCUCACCGCGCGGCUCAAGACCAAGCGGACUGUCUUCUUCCAGCUCUCAAUCAACGAUCCCGGCCUCGCGCUGCCAACUUUCUUCCGCUCGCCACAGGAGAGCGGGAAGGAGGUCACUUUUGGCGGGGCGCGGGUGUGGCUUCCACCGGGCAUCAGCCCAACGACCUCGUUGCUGUUGGAUGUGUACGAGGCCAAGGCCAACGGGUGCCACAAGCUGCUCGGUGUUGUCGCGGUCACCGUUGCCCAGCUCGAAUCGCCGCACGCAUCGCUCCGGCUGCUCAGCCCGGGUACGGGCAAGUUCUACGGCGCGCUCAGUGUGAUGGGCCUCGACUGGGAGCAACUCCCACAACGAGCAAGUGCGGUGGAUGAGGCUGACGGAGCUGGGCCAAGCGGAGGCGCCUCAGCUCCGCUCGCCUACCGACUGGCGGUGCGCGGCGCCAAGCUGGCGCGUAUGGAUGGACCGAUGGGCAAGUCGGACCCGUUCUUCGAGGUCAUCAAGCUGAGUCCGGAGCUUGCCCGCCGCAAAGGACCGUCCGAUCUCCACUCGGGCUCAGCUGCGAGCGGCGGCAUCAUUCUCUACCGCUCGGAGACGGUGGCCAAGAGCCUCUCGCCGCAGUGGCGGCCGUUUGUUCUCAACAUGGCUGACGUCGGCGAGCUAACGACUCCGCUCGAGAUUGUGGUCUUUGACUCGGACAAGGACGGGACGCACGACUCGCUCGGUGCCUACCGCACCACCCUCAGCGAACUGCUCCUCAGCGUCCCAUUCGAGUAUCCGCUCCACGAUGCCAACGUCGAGCCGGCCUACGGCGUUGUCGCCUACCCGACCGCCAAAUCGCGCGGCGCCUUUGUUGUCGAUGCCAUUCAGCCAUGCGAGCCCGCGACCGCUGCAAAUGACAUCUCCGGUGUCCGAGUCCUGUGGGCCCUUGGCCGCCGCGAUCCGGCCUCAGGCUCGCCGGGCCUUCUACUGUACGUCUCCGAGCCCGCGGGGCCCAAGACCAAGGCCCCGCAGUGGGCGCCGUUUGUGCUUCCGGCUGCUGCGGUCGGCGGCGCUGACGCCGAGUUUGAGAUCCGCAUCUAUGACCGUGGCGUCAAGGCCGCGCCGCACACGCCGCUUGGCGCGCUCCGCUGCACUCUCUCCGACUGGCUCAAGGGCUCGUUCCUCCGCCCCAUCAAGCUCCCUUGUCAUGGCGCCGACGAGUCGUCCGGCUCGUGGGCGGUUGCCUCGAUGGAGACGCUGCUCACUCCGGGCGAGCUUGCCGAUGUCGGCGACGUGGCGGUUGCUGGUGAGCAGUGGGCUAACGCAGUGCCUGCUGGCUCGGACCUUGUUCUUGAUCUCAAGCUCCGCGACUUGGCGCGGGUUGGCUCGAACAGCAACGCGGACCCAUUCCUCGAGAUUGCGGUCGGCUCGGCUACGGUCGCCCGGACACCUCCGGUCACUGGCGUCCGCUCCGCGCACUUCCCAGGCCUUGUUGUUCCAGGAGCGGCGCUGGAGGCUGCCCCAGCAGCAGACAUCGUCGUCCGGGUCUGGGACUUUGAGCCCGAUGGGAAGCACAAUCUGAUGGGCACCGUUGCACUGAGUCGGACACAAAUUGUCCAGUCGUGGACUGAGGUGCCCAUCAAGGCGGCUGGUGAUGACGCCUCGCUUGGCAAGCUUGUUGUUGUCUCGGCCAGCGGUGCGGCUGCGGAGAAUCGCACCGGAGCCGAGAGUCAGAUGGCGACGCUUGUGCCGACUCUUCUGAUUGCCGGUCCUCGUCGUGGAGUGGCCGACAUGGCUGUGGUCUACGAGGUCAUCGACACUUGCCGUGCGCCAGUGACGCUCUUUGUCAGCGAACCAGUGAGCGUGGGCCCCGUCGCCCAGCGGGCGUUCAAGUCGGAUCCCAAACACGAGGCCGUGCUCCCACGGGUGCAGCUGGACACGAGAGCUAUCCGCAAAGGCAAGCCUGUCACACUCGCAAUCCGGCUUAGAGGCAUUCUCGGCGGCGGCGGUGGCGUUGUCGAUCUCGGGAGUCUCCAUGGGACCAUGGCCGACUGGGCUUUGGGUCCGAGCCGCUGGCCGGUGGUGGAGAGCGAGGCUGGAUGGAGCGUCACGCUUGCGAUGACGACAGUGCCGGAAGACGAGAGUGCCCCGAUUGGGUCGGCAAACUGGGUGCUGCCGACGACCGGCAUGGUCCGUAUCGCGGUCUCUGUUCUCUCGUCGGGCGACGUGGGCGAGGACGCGCUUGUUUUCCUUAACGUCGCCAACCGAGCCGGUCAGUUGCUUGCCCGAUCGACGCCGGUUUGUGCUGGGAGCGAGCCUGCCCUCAUCUGGCUUGGUGCUUCGACGCGCAACUCGGAGCGUGUUCGAGUCUCGAUCCGCAGCGCGUCCUCGCCCGCUAGCGGUAGCUUCCCGGCCGUCCACUCGGAGGACUGGGCGGUGGCACUGUGCGAGCUGGUUGAUCCGAGCGCCCGCAGAGCUGCUCGGUACCACCUGAUUGCCCCAGGAGUUGGUGUUGCGGCCCGGGUUGUGGAUACUGCCACGAACGAGAGCGUGGAUGCUAGCGCGCGUGGUGGCGUCGCAGCCCAGCUGGCUGCUGUUGCUGGUGAUGCGGCUGCCGCCGGGCGCCCGGUGGCGAUCAAGGUGGGCUGGGCCCAGGCGCACGCAUCGGCUGGGCCCGGCUCCCGGAUAUGGUUUACUGCCAUGGUUGAUGACGUUCUCGCUGCGCACAGUUGGCCGGUGACAGUUGAUGCGACCGGGCGUGGCGUGUGGGAGAGUGCCGAGAUGCUGCUGGCCCCGGUGGCGGUCGACGACGAGACCAGCGUUUCUGUCCAGGUGUGGGAAGAGGCGGAGCUUGUUGGCUGCGGACGAACAACGCUGGGCGAGUUGGCAAUGGCGCCGUGGGCGACAGUUGCUCUGAUCACCGGGGCUUUGUGGGCAAACGCAUCGAGCACGCUCUGCUUUGCCGGUGCCGAUACCGCCGGAGCGGUCUCGCUCGCACUGGUGGUCGCGAGUGAGGCCAGCGUCCAGGCUACCCAUCGUGAGCUGCUUGACGCGGUCCGACUCGGAAUCCGGGUCAGCAGGCUCUCGCUUGGCAAACGCGGGCGUGCGUUCCUGGAAGUCUCGGCCAGGCGAUCGCUGGUGUACAGGAGCGAGGUGGUCGAGGUCCGUCGCGGCGGUUGUGACUUUGCGCCACUUACGCUCCGCGCGCCAGCAAGCCACUGCGAGCUCGAGGUGGCGAUAUGGAGGUUUGAACCAUCUGGGGCUCACGAGACGGUUGCCAAAGUGCAGACUACGGUCCGCGAAGUGCGCGAGAUCGGGACGGCACCGAUGUGCUUUGUGGCUGCGGGUGUAGUGCUUGAGGUGGUCGAGGUGUCGCCUGCCGACGUGAGCGAGGCAGUUAGCCGACCGGUAGCGGUGACACUCACGCCGUCGGCGUACAAGCUGGCCAACCUCGACGGGAUGCGCGGCAAGUCUGACCCGUUCUUCACGAUCAAGUGCGGGCCAAACUUGGUGCACCGGUCGCGGGUGGUGAAGAACAACCUGAGUCCAAGCUGGGCGCCGUUUGUGGUCGACCUGGGCGAGGUGAGCGGGCGCGAUCUCCAGGUGGUUGUCUACGACGCUGACGGCGAUGGUGAUCACGACGAGAUCGGUGGAUGGCUGGUGAGCGAGGCAUCACUCUGCGCGGGAAGCUGGGUCUCUGGCUCUCUCACUUGCAGCGACCGGCGCGGGCCGCAGGGCCGGAUGCAGUUUGAGGUGUCCAAGUACGACAGCGUGGCCGCCGCCGAGGCUGCGGCAGCGGAGUCUGGCGGCGGAGUGGCGGUGCCGGCAGAGAGCCUCGGGAUCGAGGUCGAGAUUGGCGGCAACAAGCUCAAUACCAGCGGCACGUUUGUGGUCAUCGAGAACGCGUCCGGACUAGUGGUGGCGAGGUCUGAGGUUGUCAGCAAGACCAAGGGCGCGAGCUACGGGACGUUCCGGAUCGAGGCCGAGGCGCUGGGCGGGAGCGUGGCGGACGGCAUGCUGAAUGUGGCGAUGUACAGUGCGGACAAGCGCGGCGACCAUGAGCUGCUGGGACGUGUGGGUGCGAGCGUGCGCGAGCUGCAGUACGCACCGCUGACCAAGGCGAUCAAGGUUUAUGAUCGCAACGAGUCUGCGGGCGCGAUGGUGUUUGUGGCGAUGCGGCCUGUGCUGGAGCCGAGAGACGAGGGCGGAGCAUCGGGCGGCCUGAGCGUGGUGCGGCUCUCAUGCGUUUCGCUCGACAACCUUGACUCUGCUUUGGGCAAGUCUGAUCCAUUUGCUGAAGUAUGGGCUGGCGACGAGCUGCUGCAUGUCACGCCGGUGGUGAUGAACCAGCUCUCGCCGAAGUGGCCGCCGUUUGCGCUGGAGAGUGUACCGCCAACGCUCAAGGUGGUUGUCUACGACUUUGAUAACGACGGAAAGCACGACAAGAUUGGCGAGGCCGAGGUCAAGGUGACCGAUGUCUGUGCCGGCCCGUGGUAUCUGACUGCCCUCAGGCGUGCACAGGUGCAGGCUGGUAGUACCGGUGGCCUGUGUGUUAGUAUCGAGCACAACGCCGGCGCAGGGUGUCCCGAGCCCAAGAUUCGGGCAUCAGAUGUGCUGGUGCGCGCGGCAAGCGGCGAGGCGAUCGGCAUUGCGCUAACGCUUGCCGCGUACAAGCCGAGCUCGAGCUCGAGCGCGUGCGACGGCGUGGGUGUGUGGCGUGCGAUAGCGGACGGCAAGUGCGUGGCAACGAGCACGAGCGAUGUGCUCGUGGUGCCUGUGGCGAGCCUCAAACGCUCGCUGACGUUUACGCUUGAGCGGGCGGUGGUGAGCCGGCUGGCUGGCCUCAAGAAGCUUGGUAUUGGGACGGUGUCGAUGCCACACGCGCUGCUGGAGCGGUGCCGGGUUACGAUGAGUGGAGGAUGGGCCAGGAGCGUCGACGUGUGGACCGAUGGCAGCGUAGGCGUGACCGAAGUGGAGCUGCCGGCGCUGCAGGAUCCGCUCGCACCGCGGGCGGAUGCGGUGACACUCAGUGUGGUGUUUGAGGCACAGGAGCCCUCCGAGGUUGACCGGUUCUGGAUGGAGGUUCGGAGCGAGACGUGCGGGGUUGUGUGGUGGACUAAUGCUGCGGCAUCGGGCGAGGCUUGGGCGCCGAUGACGGUGCCGGCCGGCGAGAUCAGCGUCCGGGUGGGGCGGGCCGAGUCGAGCCCAACCGGGCUUCGAUGCGGGCAGUGGAGCGUUGUAGUCAAGACUCGAGUGCCAGACGAGGUGGCGUUCCUCCCGUGGGGGGUUGAGGUCCCGGGAUGGGGCGGGCUGCACGUAGUGGCGAGCUCGGCUGUCGCCGAGCUGCCGUUCCCGCUGCCGCGGCAGGCGAUGCCGGCGACGGCGCGAGAGGCGGAUGCGACCGGAGGAUACCCGGGCAUUUACCUGGCACGAGUGCGAGGAGCCGUUGUUGGCGGGCGGUACAAGCUAGUGUCGGGACUCGGAACCGAGACGGUGGUGGCGUCUGCGAUGGCGGUUGUGGAUGCGCUUGGAGAGGGCGGUGAAUGUGAGCUUGUGUUCCGCGAUCUUGUGCUACCGGCGGCGACGGAUCUUGCGAGCGAAAACCGACUGAUGAUGGUGGCGUGCGAUGCCGACGGAUGCCUGGCGGUGCAACACUCGUGCCAUUUUGACGUGGUGCCCGAUCUGUGCCUGGCACCGAAUCGGAGCGAGCUGUACUGGUGGAGCGGCUUUGGCAAGUUGUCGGGUGUGCUGGCGAUGCAGGAGCUGAGGUACGAUGCGGAGGUCGCAGGUUCAGGUGAGCCGAGUCCGGCGCUAUCGCUGUGGAUCGAGGGCACGGUGGGUACACCUGGUGGGUAUAUGGAGCUCGGGGUGCCCGGAGUGAGAGGUGCGGUGUACCGAUCGCGGAGAGCCGGGAGCGAUUACCGGGUGUCUGGGCACGCGGCCCGUGUUGCGGCGUCUGGAUGGACGGGCAUGGAACUGCGGGUGUACGGACCAGACGGCGUGAUGAUGGACUCGACGCGUGUGACACCGGCGCUGUUUGCGGCGGCGGCGCCUGGGCUCCGGCACGUAGCAGAAAUGCGUGGCGGUAGCAUACAGAUGACACUGGUGAGUGGCGAGGCUGGCGAGACCGGCGACGACGACGGUGUGCGCCCGGCGUGGGACGAGGGGUAUGUGCUCUCUGUCACUGCGGGCGGGAUCGGUGUCAAGGAUGGAACACGGCUGAAGGCUGUUGUGCUCGAUGCGGGGCAGCGAGAUGUGCUCGGGGUCGGCAUGAGCACGGGGGUGGUGUCGGGCCAGGCCGAGUGGCGGGCACUGUGUGUGAGCGCGGCGCCCGGGUCGCAGGUCUUUGUCCGGAUCGUUGCGAUCACGCCAUCGUGGGAGAUGAGGACUGUGCUGGACGGAGAGCUUGACGUUGCUGACGCAACGCUGACAUGGGACUACGCGUGGCGCGGCAGUAGGAAGCGAAAUGGGUACCUGACGAUUCAUCGCGCUGUGGCCGGCCCGGCAGACGGCGGGCGCGAGAGCGGCGAGGGAGUGAUCAUUCCGUUGGCACGGGUGCAUGGGCUGAAGAGUUCGGGCGACAAGUCUGUGAUGUUUCGGACAGAUCAGUGGCACUCGGCUGUGUUUGCCGGCGGUGCAGAGGUGUACGAGCUGCAGCAGGUGGUGGCAUCGACAGGUGUUGAGCUUGAAGCGGUUGAGGUGGACAGGAACGGCACGCAGCAAGUGGUGGGCCGUGUGACGCUCGACGUGUCUGCGAUCGGAUUCCCGCAGAGCCGUGGUGGAGUGGUGAUGACGGAUGACGGGAGCAACGUGGUGGGCAUGAUGGCGAUCGCGACUGAGCCGCCAAUGGCGUUUGUGAGCGUGAGCGAGGCUGUCGCCGCCGCUGCUGCUGCGCUACCAUGGCGCAGCGAUGCCGACGGCGGUGCGGUGGUGGUCAGCCUUGGCUGCAGCAAUCUACCGUCGCACGACAGCCUCUCUGCGAGUGAUCCGUUCUUGGUUGUACGUGGCGUGUGCGGAGUGGUGCAUGUGAGCGGUAUGCAGAAGAACGCGAGCAACGCCGAGUUUAGCGAGUUGCGCAUCCCGCUGGCGGCGCUGCCUGUUGUGGUCGAGGUGUGGGACUGGGAUAGCAACGGCGACCACGAUCUGGUGGGCCGGGUGGCGUGGACAAACCAAGUGCUCGGGCUCGGCGGAGUUGGUCCGCCGCUCCGACUUGAGCGCGCGGCGCAUGGGACGAUGCGGGUGACACGGCUGGUGUUUGAUCCGGAGCCGAUGGGCGAGCAGUCGGAGACUGUGACAGUGUUUGUGCGCGAGGCCGGAGCGCGCCCAAGCGGGUUUGUGCAGCUGAGCAUGGACGGUGAGGUCUGGUGUCGGACGCUGGGCAGCGCGAUAUCUGUGCGCGAGGGUGUGGGAGUAACGCUUCCGGCUGCAAGCGCAAGUACAAGCAGCGUGCGGAUCGAGGUGCUCGACGGCAAGGAUCGGAGCAGACGCGGGGCGAUGGAGGUGCCGCUGGGCACGAUCCUGGCGCGUGCACGCGGCGAGGCGCACCGGUACGGCCUGCGGCGCGACAGCGGACAAAUGGUUGGGGCCGACGUGUGGUGGACGGACGACGCGCGCGACGGAUGCAUGCCGCUGGACGAGCGGGUGUGCGAUGAGCGCUGGCUCUCUUCUACGGUGCUGCGGUGCACGACGCGCGGUGAGUGGGCCAAUGCGGCGAGCGUGGAGGUGUGGACAGAGGACGGCAAAGCACUGGCGCGGAGCUUUGGCAGCAAUGCCAAGUGGGUGGCGACUUUGGCGUGCGACGCGGCGCUGACUGUGGUUGUGGGCGGGGCGCGGAACCGGGUGACGAUGGCCAACUUGCUUGCUGGCGGCGGAGUGGCCUCGGGCGGGGUGGUGCAGAUUGUGUCGCUGAGCGAGGUUGUGGCGGGUGCGGCGACGGAGAUGUCGAACGGAUGCGGAGUGUGUCUGUCUGCGACGCUCGAAGGCGCCGCGGUGGUCAAGGGCGCGGCUGCGCUGCAGCCUGUGGUGAUGCGGGUAGAUGGGCGGGUGGUGUAUGAGAGCGCGCCCGGAGCGGUCAAGAUGAGCGAAAUGGAGGUUGUGGUGGGGAAGCAAGCGCUCGACCGCGGUGUGGAGGUUUGCUACGGCGAGGCGAGCUUUGACACGACGCUGCGGAUGAUGGCUGUGGCCAGCGGAGGGAGCGGGGCACGGUUCAGCUUUGGCGAAAGCGGAGCGUCACUGGUAAUGAGCAGCUGUGUGGUGAUGGAGGGCGAGGUGCGCGGAAGUAUCAUGAGUGUGGCGGUCCGGCGGCUGACGAUGAGCGGGAUGCCGACAGAGGCGAUCUCUGUGGUUCUCCGGGCGCUGGUGAACGGUGCUGAGAUCGGGCGAAGCGGCGAGCUGGACAACAACGGAAGCAGCAGCGAGCUUGCGAUUGCGCACGGAUUUGAAGUGGGAGACAUCGAGCUUGUGGUGUCGCUUGCAGACGAUGAGGCGCGCGAAGUCGGCCGGGCGCAUGUCGGACUGCAGGCUGUGGCAGCGCAGCGGCGUGCGAUCGAGGCAAGCGUGGUUGAUGGGACCAAGGUCGGCGUUGUGACCGGAUACGUGGGAUCCGGAGUGGUGGUGGUGGAUGAGUGGCGGUGGGUUUGGUAGGUAAACAAUACACGCUAUCUGCUACAGGA